UAUGUAAAACUUUUAAUAAUUUUUUAUUUGUACAUUGUACUUAAUUAAAGCUUCAUCUGCAUUGAAAUGAUUAAUAGAUGUAAACAAAAUUUGAAGCGAAGAUAAAAUCUGUCAUCGAUAAUGGCAGGCUUAAAUGAGACUCAUAUAACAUUGUUGAGGGUGCUGUUUGUCUUGGGUAUCACAAUAGGCUCACAGAAUAUAGACAUGAAUCAGGAUUGGCUGGCUAAUAUUGCUCGCUACAUCGUUUACUUCAUAUUGGUUCGCGUGUCGAGGCCCGCCGCCGUAAUGGCGUACGACGCGCUGCACAACAAUGCGGUUCUAGAUUUUUCUAGACUCGUCGAGAAACAACGGAACACGAUCGUUUUGUUCGUCGUUUCCUCACUGGUCCUGUACUAUUCGAAAUUGAAAUUAUUCGGGGAGGAUUUCGUGUCGCUGUUCGUAGCCUAUCUCCUGUUGCACCGCGACGAAAAUAACCGGAAGCCGUCAACUGUCACUUAUGGAGUGGGGAUGGCCUGCAGCUACUUCGAAGGAUACUUGAACCACGUUAUACCCUCGGACGGCUAUAGAUUCGUAGGUUUUCAGGAGAACAUAAGCAAUUACGAGAACUACCACAGCAUCGUGUUUCCGGUCAGGAGGUUGUUCGUUGUGAUAACGAAGUCCCUGUUCUGCCCGCCGGACCUCAAAUUCUUCAAUCGCGAGAACAGGCCGGACCUGCCCUCCCUUGAUGCUUGCGAGAGCCUACCAAGGAUCACGAAGGACGUGGCCGGCGUCAAGAAUAGGGAGUACAAGAACUCUGCGUACAUGAUACGGAGGCCGGACGGACCGCCGGUAUACCUGGCCGUGGAAUGCGCCACGCCCAUACACACUCUGUACAACGUCGUGAAAAACCGGCAACUCUAUUCAGAAAUAGACAACAUAGACAAAAAGGAGGUCAUAGACGACUUCACGCGCACGCUGACUAACGUUAUAGACAAAAGCGAGGACUGUCGCGGUAAAUGCGAAUUGGUUUACUUCGACACCGAUUCGGAUAAGUGCCUGGCUGAAGUGCUGCUAGACAAGAUACGUGCCAUCGAACCGAACUUUGAGAACAUCAGCAGGGAACGUGACUAAACAUUGUGUCUGUUUGUUUGUCCGCGUGCCUGACACUGCUAUUAUAAGUUGCUUUUGGAUUUUUAAAUUUUAUCCGCUUGGAAUCAUCAAACGUUGUAGUUAACUCAUUUCGUUGAACAUUGAUAGUUGGAGAAUUCAGUUUUUAUUCCGUCGAAUUACUUAGUUUUUAAUCAAAAUGUAUUUUUGUAAUAUCUACAAAAGUUGAUUCUUGACAAGAACGGAAGUGACAAGACUGAUUUUGAGAAUUAAUUUAGGAUAAUUUUGGUAAAUGUGUCAAUUUAUAUUAUUAGCAAAUAGAUACUUGGUAUUUUUAGUUUUGUGUUAAAAUGUUUAUUAAAUGUGUGGACGAGCUCACAGCCCACCGAGUGUUAUGUGAUCACCGAUUAUCAGAAAGUAGUUGCUCGCUCGUGCGGGCUCACCACAACCUACCUAACCGUACGUUUCGACCAAAGAUAUGUGGGCCACAACUAGUUGGAUAAAUAAGUUAAGCUUGGAAGCUGCUCUUUUUUUUUGAAGAUUUUAUAGCAUGGUAACGAGACCUUUAAGCCAAUCCAGACUAUGGAGGGCAGAGGUAAAGAGUACCUUCUUGUAUGGGGAACAAGUUGAAAUAGUUUCCACCUGUUAACAGCGAGUUAUUGAUAGAAGAUUCACCGAAAUAGCGCUAGUGUAGGAAAUUGAAUAUAUCAAUUUUAAACAGAGUUUAUGACGUUGUGUUUAAAAUCUUUCUACUUGCAACUGUGGCGUCUUAAUACAGUGAGAUGGUGCUCCUUUCUUCUACCCUCCAUAAUCCAGACAGUGCUCUAGUUGAUACGAGAGCAACGUUUGGUACUUCCUUGUAAUUUUGUUUAUGGCCCCUGGUAACUUGACGAUUGACCUCAACCAUCCUCAUUAUACACUCUAUAGAUAUCCUAUCCAAUGUUUUAUUUAUUUGUGUACUAAUUAAUCGUCAGAUCUUUCAAAAAAGGCGGCUUGUUAAUAAAAUUAUCGUUUAAGACACACAUUUGGCUAUCUCGUGACGGUGGAGGAAAAUGACAUUAUGUGUAUUAUCUAUGGUAAUGACUUGUGAACGUAUCGUGUCAUAAACGUCAAACGUUAGGUGUCAUUGUGAUUUUAAACUUACGUCAAUGGUUUGAUCAUUGCUAAUUGUUAACAUUGUUAACUUUUUUUUAUUCCUUAGUUUUUAGUAAUAAAUGAUCGUGAAG